CUGCUCUUACUGGGAUGUGUGUGUUCUUCAUCAGGUCUGACCCUUCCAAAGCCAUCACAGCCGAGAACAUCCACCGGGAGGUGAGCUUCAAUGUGUUAGAUACAGCAGAUGGUGGCCUGCUAAACACUGUGAGACGCUUGCUCUCUGAUGUCUUCAUUCCUGCACUCAGGGCCUCAAGCCAUGGCUGGGGUGAGCUAGAGAGUCUUCAAGAUGCAUCAAGCAUUCGACAGGACUUCCUGAGCUCUCUGGAAGGUUUUGUGGGCAUCCUGUCAGGUGCACAGGAGAGUUUGAAAGAGAAGGUGAACCUUCAAAAGUGUGAUAUAUUUGAACUGAAAGCCCUGAAGGGACCUAUGGACUACUUGGCUCUAGCGAGCAACCCGGAGACUUUGGAAAAAGUAGAGGGCUGUAUGAAAGUGUGGAUCAAGGAGACAGAGCAGGUCCUUGCAGAAAACAACCAGCUGCGGAAGGAAGCUGAUGAUGUUGGACCCCGGGCAGAGUUAGAGCACUGGAAAAAAAGGCUUUCCAAAUUCCACUAUCUUUUGGAUCAGCUGAAAGGCCCAGAUGUGAAGGCUGUGCUGGCUGUGCUGGCUGCGGCCAAGUCAAAACUUCUCAAGACUUGGAGAGAGACGGAUAUUCGAAUCACUGAUGCAGCCAACGAGGCAAAAGACAAUGUCAAGUAUUUGUACACACUUGAAAAAUGUUGUGAUCCCUUGUACAACAGUGAUCCUAUAUCCAUGAUUGAUGCUAUUCCUAUACUUAUAAAUGCUAUUAAAAUGAUCUACAGUAUCUCUCACUACUAUAACACCUCUGAGAAGAUCACAUCUCUGUUUGUAAAGGUGACAAAUCAGAUGAUAUCUGCAUGCAAAGCCUAUAUCACCAACAGCGGAACCGCCUCUAUCUGGAACCAGCCGCAGGAUGUCGUGAUGGAAAAAAUAUUAUCUGCCAUUAAACUUAAGCAGGAAUAUCAACACUGCUUUCACCAGACAAAACAGAAGCUUAAACAAAAUCCAAGUGAAAAGCAAUUUGAAUUUAGUGAGAUGUAUAUUUUUGGAAAAUUUGAAACUUUUCACCGACGUCUAUCCAAGAUAAUGGACAUCUUUAAAACCUUCAAGACAUACUCUGUCCUUCAAGAGUCUAAAAUCGAAGGGCUGGAUGGCUUGAUAAUUAAAUUCCAGGACAUUGUUGCAACCAUAAAGAGAAAGGAAUAUAAUUUCUUAGACCAGCGGAAAAUGGAUUUUGAUCAGGAUUAUGAUGACUUUUGCAAGCAGAUUAGUGACCUUCAUAAUGAGUUACAGAAGUUCAUGGAUGUUACAUUUGAAAAGAUUCAAAACACCAAUCAAGCUCUAAGCAUGUUGAAAAAAUUUGAAAGCUUGAAUAUUCCUAACCUUGGAAUCGAUGACAAAUACCAACUGAUCCUGGAAAAUUAUGGGGCUGACAUUGAUAUGAUUGCAAAACUGUAUACAAAGCAGAAAUGUGACCCUCCUCUGGCUCGAGACCAGCCUCCCAUUGCUGGGAAAAUCUUGUGGGCUCGCCAGCUCUUCCGUAGGAUGGAGCGCCCCAUGCAGCUGUUCCAGCAGCAUCCAUCCGUGCUGAGGACAGCCCAGGCCAAGCCCAUCAUCCGCAUGUACAACAGGACAGCCAAGAUCCUCCUGGAGUUUGAAGUCCUGUACCACAGGGCCUGGCUUCAACAGAUUGAAGAAAUUCACAUCGGUCUCGAAGCUUCUUUAUUGGUGAGGGUGCCAGGCACAGGGGAAUUGUUUGUCAACUUUGAUCCUCAGAUACUAAUCUUAUUUCGAGAAACAGAGUGCAUGUUACAGAUGGGGCUGCCAAUCUCACCGCUGGCGGCGUCCCUCUUCCAGAGGCGGGACACAUACAAAAAGAACUUCAGUAACAUGAAGAUGAUGCUGGCCGAGUACCAGCGAGUGAAGUCCAACGUGCCUCCCACCCUUGAGCAGCUGAUGUCGCCACACUUGGCUAAGGUGAACGAAGUUCUUCAGCCCGGCCUGGCUGCCCUGACCUGGGCAUCACUGAAUAUUGAGACGUACUUAGAAAACUCUUUUACAAAGAUCAAGGACCUAGAGCUGCUGCUUGACCGGAUCAAUGAUUUGAUUGAGUUCCGUAUUGCUGCUGUUCUGGAAGAGAUGAGCAACACCCCUCUUUGUGAGCUUCCUGGAGAGCAGCCCCUCACCUGCGAUGAGUUCCUCCAGAUGACCAAGCCACUGGUGGCCGGCAACACUGGCCAAUUUUAUAAUGAUAUGUAUGAAUCUGAAAUUAUGAUUAUGAGUUUAUUGAAAAGAGAAGACGGAAAUUCUGAUGCCUUGGCCUCCUGCCUGAAUGCUGGGACUGGCUCCUUGUCUUUAGCAACAGUCACAAGAAAGAAGAAACAAACUGAGGUGUUAGAGGAAGAAGCCUGUGAGCUGCUCUCUCAUUUCAACCAUCAAAACAUGGAUGCACUUCUGAAAGUUACGAGGAAUACGCUAGAGGCUAUUCGCAAGCGCGUUCAAGCGUCCCACUCAGUUCACUUCAGGGACAGUCAUAGUGCAUGCAAGAUGAAGCCGAAUCAUCUCCCCAUUUUCCGGGCCAGCAUCACCCUGGCCAUCCCCAGUGUGUCCAUUGUCCCCACCCUGGAGGACAUACAGCAGACACUGAACAAGGCUGUGGAGUGCAUCACCAGCGUCCCCAAGGGGGUCAGACAGUGGAGCAGCGAGCUGCUGUCCCAGAAAAAGGUGAAUGAAAGAAAAAUGGCUGCUUUGCGGAGUCACGAAGACAGCGAUUCUGAGACGGAUAUGGGAGAAAAUGAAGCUCAAGUGAAUUUCUCCAUCAGGGAAGCUAAAGAUAAUUUUCGUUGCAACUUUUCUGGAGUGUUUGCAGAUACCGUUGAGAUAGCAUCUAUAAAUUUACCCAUUCCAGUGCAAAUCAAAAACUAUUAUAAGAAUGUUUCUGACAACAAAGAGAUUGUAAAAUUAGUCUCUGUGCUUAGCACCAUCAUCCACUCCACCAAAAAGGUAGUUAUUGCAUCCAUGGAUCACUUCAAAUGCUAUAAUCACAUCUGGCAAAAGGAGAAAGAAGAAGCCAUCAGGACGUUUAUCAUGCAAAACCCUUUGCUUUCUGAAUUUGAGUCCCAGAUUCUUUAUUUCCAAAACCUAGAGCAGGAAAUUAAUGCUGAGCCGGAGUGCAUCUGCGUGGGUGCCAUUGCUUUGUAUACAGCUGACUUGAAAUUUGCCCUCACUGCUGAGAUAAGAAGUUGGAUGAUGGUUGUCGGUCGCCACUGUAACCAAAAGUACAGGAGUGAGAUGGACACCAUAUUUGCACUUGUUGAGGAGUUCAGCAAGAAACUGAAUCGUCCAAUCAAAGACCUAGAUGAUAUACGGAUUGCAAUGGCUGCACUGAAAGAGAUCAGGGAGCAGCAAAUCCACGUUGACUUUCAAGUGGGGCCCAUUGAGGAAUCAUAUGCUCUACUUAACAAAUAUGGACUUCUGGUAGUAAAGGAAGAGAUGGACAAAGUUGAUGCUCUGCGCUAUGCCUGGGAGAAGCUGCUUGCCCGGGCCAGUGAAGUCCAGAAUGAGUUAGUCUCCCUGCAGCCCUCUUUCAGGAAGGAGCUGAUUAGCACGGUGGAGGUCUUUCUACAGGACUGUCAACAGUUUUAUGUGAACUAUGACUUGAAUGGCCCAAUGGUUGGCAGCUUGAAACCUCAGGAAGCCAGUGAUAGACUAACCAUGUUUCAGGUAACUUUUGAUAACAUCUAUCGCAAAUACAUCACCUACAGUGGAGGAGAAGAACUUUUUGGUCUGCCAGUUACUCAGUACCCUCAGCUUCUUGAGAUAAAAAAACAGCUAAGUCUUCUACAGAAAAUAUACAGUUUGUACAACAGUGUCAUAGAAACUGUCAAUAGUUACCAAGAUAUUCUAUGGUCAGAAGUGAAUAUUGAAAAAAUCAACAACGAACUCUUAGAAUUCCAGAACAGGUGUCGGAAGCUGCCCCGGGCACUGAAGGACUGGCAGGCUUUUCUGGACCUGAAGAAGACCAUCGAUGACUUCAGCGAGUGCUGCCCUCUGCUGGAGUAUAUGGCCAGUAAGGCCAUGGUGGAGAGGCACUGGGAGAGAAUCGCGGCCCUCACUGGCCACCAUCUAGAUGUGGGGAGCGAAACCUUUAAAUUAAGAAAUAUCAUGGAGGCACCUCUUCUGAAAUACAAAGAAGAAAUCGAGGACAUCUGCAUCAGCGCAGUGAAGGAAAGAGACAUUGAACAGAAGCUGAAGCAAGUGGUCAGUGAAUGGGACAACAAAACGUUCACGUUUGGCAGCUUUAAAACCCGUGGAGAACUGCUCCUGCGAGGGGACAGUACCGCGGAAAUCAUCGCCAGCAUGGAGGACAGCCUGAUGCUGCUGGGCUCUCUCUUGAGCAACAGGUACAAUAUGCCGUUCAAAGCUCAGAUUCAGAAAUGGGUGCAGUACCUUUCCAACGCCACAGACAUCAUUGAGAACUGGAUGACUGUGCAAAACUUGUGGAUUUAUCUAGAAGCUGUCUUUGUGGGAGGAGACAUUGCCAAGCAGCUGCCCAAGGAAGCCAAGCGCUUUUCCAAUAUAGACAAAUCUUGGGUGAAGAUCAUGACUCGGGCACAUGAGAUGCCAACUGUGGUUCAGUGUUGUGUCGGAGAUGAAACCAUGGGACAGCUUUUACCACACUUGUUGGAGCAACUGGAGAUAUGCCAGAAAUCCCUUACUGGGUACUUGGAGAAAAAACGAGUUUGCUUUCCUCGGUUCUUCUUUGUCUCAGAUCCUGCUCUUCUGGAGAUUUUGGGGCAGGCUUCGGACUCCCACACAAUCCAGGCUCAUUUGCUGAAUGUAUUUGACAACAUUAAAACUGUCAAGUUUCACGACAAGAUCUACGACCGAAUCUUGUCAGUUUCCUCACGAGAGGGUGAGACGAUAGACUUGGAAAAACCUGUCAUGGCCGAGGGCAAUGUGGAAGUGUGGCUCAAUAAUCUCUUAGAGGAGUCCCAGGCUUCAUUACACCGAGUGAUUCGGCAGGCAGCUGCGAAUAUUCAAGAAAUGGGUUUCCAGUUGAUUGAAUUUCUCUCUUCUUUCCCUGCUCAGGUUGGAUUAUUAGGAAUUCAAAUGAUAUGGACCCGAGAUUCAGAAGAAGCCCUUAGAAAUGCCAAGUUUGAUAAAAAAAUCAUGCAGAAAACCAAUCAGUCUUUCUUGGAACUACUAAACACACUGAUUGACAUCACCACAAAGGACCUGAGCUCCAUGGAGCGAGUGAAAUAUGAGACUUUGAUUACUAUUCAUGUGCACCAAAGGGAUAUCUUUGAUGAGUUGUGUCAUCUGCAUGUCAAGAGCCCUACAGACUUUGAGUGGUUGAAACAGUGCAGGUUUUACUUUAACGAAGACUCUGACAAGAUGAACAUCCACAUCACAGAUGUGGCUUUCAUAUACCAGAAUGAAUUUUUAGGCUGCACUGACAGGCUUGUCAUAACUCCACUCACAGACAGGUGCUACAUUACGCUGGCCCAAGCGCUGGGGAUGAGCAUGGGAGGCGCCCCCGCCGGGCCUGCAGGGACAGGCAAGACGGAGACCACCAAGGACAUGGGACGGUGUCUCGGGAAAUACGUUGUGGUUUUCAACUGUUCAGACCAGAUGGAUUUCCGAGGACUUGGACGCAUAUUUAAAGGGUUGGCGCAGUCUGGUUCCUGGGGCUGCUUCGAUGAAUUUAACCGGAUCGAUCUGCCGGUUCUCUCAGUCGCAGCCCAGCAAAUUUCUAUUAUUCUCACAUGUAAAAAGGAGCACAGAAAAUCUUUUAUUUUUACUGAUGGAGACAAUGUGACGAUGAACCCUGAAUUUGGACUCUUUCUGACUAUGAAUCCUGGCUAUGCAGGGCGACAGGAACUCCCAGAAAACUUGAAGAUCAACUUCCGCUCGGUGGCCAUGAUGGUUCCUGACCGUCAGAUUAUCAUCAGGGUGAAGUUGGCCAGUUGUGGCUUCAUUGACAACAUUGUUCUAGCCAGGAAGUUUUUCACACUCUACAAGCUGUGUGAAGAACAACUUUCGAAGCAGGUCCACUAUGACUUUGGUCUGCGAAACAUUCUGUCGGUCCUGCGGACAUUGGGGGCCGCAAAACGAGCCAACCCCAUGGACACGGAGUCCACGAUUGUCAUGCGUGUGCUGCGCGACAUGAACCUUUCCAAACUAACCGAUGAGGAUGAGCCCUUGUUUUUGAGUCUGAUUGAGGAUCUCUUCCCAAAUAUUCUCCUGGACAAGGCCGGUUACCCUGAACUGGAAGCAGCAAUUGGCAGACAGGUUGAAGAAGCUGGCUUGAUCAACCACCCUCCCUGGAAACUGAAGGUCAUCCAGCUGUUUGAAACUCAGAGGGUGAGGCACGGUAUGAUGGCGCUGGGGCCUAGCGGAGCAGGGAAGACCACUUGUAUCCACACCUUGAUGAAGGCCAUGACAGAUUGUGGAAAACCACACCGGGAGAUGAGGAUGAACCCCAAAGCCAUUACUGCACCACAGAUGUUUGGUCGGCUGGAUGUGGCCACAAAUGAUUGGACUGAUGGAAUAUUUUCUACCCUUUGGAGGAAAACAUUGAAAGCCAAAAAAGGGGAACAUAUCUGGAUAGUUCUCGAUGGUCCAGUGGAUGCCAUCUGGAUUGAGAAUCUGAAUUCUGUUUUGGAUGAUAAUAAAACGCUAACCCUUGCCAAUGGGGAUCGGAUUCCCAUGGCCCCAAACUGCAAGAUCGUUUUUGAACCUCACAACAUUGACAAUGCUUCUCCUGCUACUGUCUCCAGAAAUGGAAUGGUUUUCAUGAGCUCUUCUGUCCUUGACUGGAGUCCCAUUCUUGAGGGUUUUCUUAAGAAACGUCCUCCUCAAGAGGCUGAAAUUCUGCGCCAGCUGUAUACCGAGUCUUUCCCGGACCUGUAUCACUUCAGUAUUCAGAACCUAGAAUACAAGAUGGAGCUUCUGGAGGCCUUCAUCGUCACCCAGAGCAUCAACAUGCUUCAGGGCCUCAUCCCUGCAAAGGAGCAGGGCGGCGAGGUGGGGCCCGAGCACCUGGGCAGGCUGUUCGUCUUCGCGCUGAUGUGGAGCCUGGGCGCGGCACUGGAGCUGGAGGGCCGCCGGCGGCUGGAGCUCUGGCUGCGCGCCCGGGAGGCGUGCGCGCUGCCCCUGCCGCCCUCGCGCGGCCCCGGGGACGCCAUGUUCGACUACUACGUGACGCCCGAAGGGAACUGGCUGCACUGGAGUGCAUGCACCCCGGAAUACGUGUACCCUGCCCAGGCCUCUCCUGAAUAUAGCUCCAUCCUGGUGCCCAAUGUGGACAAUGUGAGGACUGACUUUCUAAUCAACACCAUUGCUAAGCAAGGCAAGGCUGUACUGUUGAUUGGGGAACAAGGAACAGCCAAAACAGUCAUAAUUAAAGGAUUUAUGUCAAAAUAUGAUCCUGAAAGCCACAUGAUCAAAAGUCUCAACUUUUCUUCUGCCACUACCCCACUGAUGUUUCAGAGGACAAUAGAGAGCUAUGUGGAUAAACGGAUGGGUACAACUUAUGGUCCUCCGGCAGGAAAGAAGAUGACUAUAUUUAUUGAUGAUGUGAAUAUGCCAAUAAUCAAUGAAUGGGGAGAUCAGGUUACUAACGAGAUAGUACGACAGCUGAUGGAACAAAAUGGAUUCUAUAACCUAGAGAAGCCUGGGGAGUUUACCAGCAUGGUGGACAUCCAGUUCGUGGCUGCCAUGAUCCAUCCUGGGGGUGGACGCAAUGACAUACCCCAAAGACUCAAGAGGCACUUCUCCAUAUUUAACUGCACUUUGCCUUCGGACGCCUCCAUGGACAAGAUCUUUGGAGUGAUUGGAGUUGGCCAUUACUGUACCCAGCGGGGUUUCUCAGAGGAAGUGAGAGAUGCUGUCAUGAAAUUGGUACCGCUGACCCGUUGCCUGUGGCAGAAGACCAAGGUUAAGAUGCUCCCCACACCUGCCAAGUUCCACUAUGUGUUCAACCUUCGAGAUCUUUCCAGGAUCUGGCAGGGAAUGCUGAACACCACUUCAGAGGUCAUCAAAGAACCAGAUGAACUGUUACAGCUUUGGAAACAUGAAUGCAAGCGUGUGAUCGUUGACCGUUUCACAGUGUCUGCUGAUGUGGCCUGGUUUGAUAAGGCUUUGGCUAACUUGGUAGAGGAGGAGUUUGGUGAAGAGAAAAAACUUGUGGUGGAUUGUGGAAUUGAUUCUUACUUUGUGGAUUUCUUGAGGGACGCACCUGAAGCUACAGGAGAAACACCCGAGGAGACAGAUGCUGAAAUGCCCAAAAUUUACGAACCAAUUGAAUCCUUUGAUCACCUGAGAGAGCGUCUGAACAUGUUCCUGCAACUGUACAAUGAGAGUGUCCGUGGCGCUGGCAUGGAUAUGGUGUUCUUCGCCGACGCCAUGAUCCACUUAGUGAAGAUUUCUCGAGUGAUCCGGAUGCCCAGGGGAAACGCCCUCCUGGUUGGGGUGGGCGGGUCAGGGAAGCAGAGCCUGACCAGGUUGGCUUCCUUCAUCGCUGGCUACACUUCUUUCCAGGUCACUCUGACAAGGUCCUACAACACACCCAAUCUGAUGGAAGACCUGAAGGUUUUGUACCGGACAGCUGGUCAGCAAGGAAGAGGAAUCACCUUCAUUUUCACAGACAAUGAGAUUAAAGAUGAGUCGUUUUUGGAAUAUAUGAAUAAUGUCCUGUCAUCGGGUGAGGUCUCCAACCUCUUUGCCCGUGAUGAAAUUGAUGAAAUUAACAGUGAUCUGACAUCAGUCAUGAAAAAAGAAUAUCCUAGACGCCCUCCCACCAAUGAAAAUUUGUAUGAGUAUUUCAUGAGUCGCGUGCGACAGAAUCUACAUAUUGUGCUCUGCUUUUCACCAGUGGGGGAGAAAUUUAGAAACCGAGCUUUGAAGUUCCCUGCCCUUAUUUCAGGAUGUACGAUCGACUGGUUCAGCCAGUGGCCGAAGGAUGCCUUAGUUGCUGUGUCCGAACACUUCCUCUCUUCCUAUGAGAUUGACUGCAGCUUGGAAACUAAGAAGGAGGUUGUGCAGUGUAUGGGCUCCUUUCAGGAUGGCGUGGCUGAGAAGUGUGUCGAUUAUUUCCAGAGAUUCCGACGUUCUACCCACGUGACGCCCAAAUCAUACCUCUCCUUUAUUCAGGGCUAUAAGUUCAUCUAUGCAGAAAAGCACGUGGAAGUGCAAACCCUGGCAGAUAGAAUGAAUACUGGGUUGGAAAAACUGAAAGAAGCGUCAGACUCCGUUGCAGCCCUGAGCAAAGAACUGGAAGUUAAAGAAAAGGAGCUGCAAGUGGCCAAUGACAAAGCUGACAUGGUCUUAAAAGAAGUCACAAUGAAAGCGCAGGCUGCGGAAAAGGUGAAGGCCGAGGUCCAGAAGGUGAAAGAUAAGGCCCAGGCCAUUGUGGACAGUAUCUCCACAGACAAAGCUAUUGCUGAGGAGAAGCUGGAAGCGGCAAAGCCAGCGUUAGAGGAAGCGGAAGCAGCAUUGCAGACCAUCAAGCCUUCGGACAUUGCCACCGUCCGCACACUGGGUAGACCUCCGCACCUCAUCAUGCGGAUCAUGGACUGCGUGCUGCUGCUGUUUCAAAGGAAGGUCAAUGCUGUGAAAAUUGACCUGGACAAGAGCUGUACCAUACCUUCCUGGCAAGAAUCUCUAAAGCUGAUGACUGCAGGGAACUUUUUGCAGAAUUUACAGCAAUUCCCCAAAGACACCAUCAAUGAGGAAGUAAUAGAGUUUUUGAAUCCUUACUUUGAAAUGGCAGACUACAACAUUGAAACUGCAAAACGUGUAUGUGGGAAUGUAGCGGGACUUUGUUCCUGGACCAAAGCCAUGGCGUCCUUCUUUUCUAUAAACAAAGAGGUGCUGCCUCUGAAGGCCAACUUGGUGGUGCAGGAGAAUCGCUACGUUCUGGCCAUGCAGGAUCUGCAGAAGGCACAGGCGGAACUGGAUGAGAAGCAAGCAGAGCUUGACGUGGUGCAGGCAGAGUAUGAACAGGCCAUGACUGAAAAGCAGACCCUGCUGGAGGAUGCGGAGCGGUGCAGGCACAAGAUGCAGAGCGCUUCCACGCUCAUCAGGGGCUUGGCCGGAGAAAAGGCACGGUGGACAGAGCAAAGCAAGGAGUUCGCUGCACAAACCAAGCGACUCGUAGGGGAUGUAUUGUUGGCUACAGCUUUUCUGUCUUAUUCUGGCCCAUUUAACCAAGAAUUUCGACACCUGCUGUUAAAUGAUUGGGAGAAAGAAAUGAAAGCUCGGAAAAUUCCAUUCGGAAAGGAUCUAAAUCUGAAUGAGAUGCUGAUCGAUGCCCCCACCAUCAGUGAGUGGAGCCUCCAAGGUCUGCCCAACGAUGAUCUGUCCGUCCAGAAUGGAAUUAUUGUCACAAAGGCAUCUCGUUAUCCUUUACUAAUUGAUCCGCAGACUCAAGGCAAGAUCUGGAUUAAGAAUAAAGAAAGCCAGAAUGAACUGCAGAUCACGUCUCUAAAUCACAAGUACUUCAGAAACCACCUGGAAGACAGUCUUUCUCUUGGAAGGCCUUUGCUUAUUGAAGACAUCGGGGAGGAGCUGGAUCCAGCUCUGGAUAAUAUUUUGGAGAAGAAUUUUAUUAAAGCUGGAUCUACUUUUAAGGUGAAGGUUGGUGACAAGGAAGUAGAUGUUAUGGAUGGCUUCAAACUCUACCUCACAACCAAACUGCCCAAUCCAGCCUACACCCCAGAAAUAAGCGCACGAACCUCCAUUAUUGACUUCACUGUCACCAUGAAAGGCCUGGAAGACCAGCUGCUGGGGAGAGUCAUUCUCACAGAGAAACAGGAAUUGGAGAAAGAGCGAACUCACCUUAUGGAAGAUGUAACUGCAAACAAAAGAAGGAUGAAGGAACUUGAAGACAAUUUGCUUUACCGCUUGACAAGUACCCAGGGGUCCCUGGUGGAAGAUGAGAGUCUCAUCAUUGUGUUGAGCAACACCAAGAAGACAGCCGAGGAGGUGACACAGAAGCUGGAAAUUUCUGCUGAGACGGAAAUUCAAAUUAACUCAGCCCGAGAGGAGUACAGGCCUGUUGCUACUCGAGGCAGCAUCCUCUACUUCCUCAUCACGGAGAUGCGCUUGGUUAAUGAAAUGUAUCAGACUUCACUCCGUCAGUUUCUGGGCUUGUUUGACCUUUCCUUAGCCAGGGCUGGCAGGAGCCCAAUUACAAGCAAGAGGAUCGCUAAUAUCAUCGAGCACAUGACGUUCGAAGUGUACAAGUAUGCUGCUCGCGGCUUGUAUGAGGAACACAAAUUCCUGUUCACUUUGUUGCUCACCCUAAAGAUUGACAUGCAGAGAAACCGAGUCAGGCACGAAGAGUUUCUUCCUCUUAUUAAAGGUGGUGCCUCAUUGGAUCUUAAAGCCUGUCCUCCCAAACCAUCCAAAUGGAUCCUGGAUAUGACUUGGCUGAAUUUGGUGGAACUUAGCAAGCUCAGGCAGUUUUCAGACAUCCUUGAUCAGAUAUCAAGAAAUGAGAAAAUGUGGAAAAUUUGGUUCGAUAAGGAAAACCCUGAGGAAGAACCGCUUCCUAAUGCCUAUGAUAAAUCUCUUGACUGUUUCAGACGACUUCUCCUUAUUAGGUCCUGGUGUCCAGAUAGAACCAUUGCCCAGGCCCGCAAGUACAUCAUGGAUUCCAUGGGUGAAAAGUAUGCAGAGGGCGUGAUCCUGGAUUUGGAAAAGACUUGGGAGGAAUCUGACCCACGGACGCCACUCAUCUGUCUCUUGUCCAUGGGCUCGGACCCCACCGAUUCCAUCAUUGCUUUGGGGAAGAGAUUAAAAAUAGAAACGCGUUAUGUGUCCAUGGGCCAGGGCCAGGAGGUCCACGCUCGAAAGCUCUUGCAGCAAACCAUGGCAAAUGGAGGAUGGGCACUUCUGCAGAACUGCCACCUGGGUCUUGACUUCCUGGAUGAGCUCAUGGACACAGUCACAGAGACGGAGUCUGUGCACAGCGCGUUCCGCCUGUGGAUGACCACCGAGGGGCAUAAGCAGUUCCCCAUCGCGCUUCUUCAGAUGUCCAUUAAAUUUGCCAAUGAGCCUCCACAGGGCCUCCGGGCAGGACUGAAAACAACGUAUGGCGGGGUGAGCCAGGACCUGCUGGAUGUUAGCCCUGGAGCCCAGUGGAGGCCCAUGCUGUACGCAGUGGCCUUCCUGCACUCCACGGUCCAGGAGAGGCGCAAGUUUGGCCCCUUGGGGUGGAAUAUCCCCUAUGAGUUUAACCAGGCGGACUUCAAUGCCACCGUGCAGUUCAUCCAGAACCACUUAGACGACAUGGAUAUCAAAAAGGGCGUCUCCUGGACCACCGUCCGCUACAUGAUAGGAGAAAUCCAGUACGGAGGGAGAGUCACUGACAACUAUGACAAGAGAUUGCUGAACACAUUUGCCAAGGUUUGGUUCAGUGAAAACAUGUUUGGGCCAGAUUUCAGCUUUUACCAAGGAUACAGCAUUCCGAAAUGCAGCACAGUGGAAAACUAUCUUCAGUACAUCAAGAGCUUGCCGGCCUAUGACAGCCCUGAGGUAUUUGGACUGCACCCAAAUGCUGACAUUACCUACCAGAGCAAACUGGCCAAAGACGUGCUAGACGCCAUUCUGAGCAUUCAACCCAAGGACAGUGCUGGCGGUGGGGACGAGACCAGGGAGGCGGUGGUGGCUCGUCUGGCUGAUGACAUGCUGGAGAAGCUGCCUGCAGACUACAGCCCGUUCGAAGUGAAAGAGAGGCUGCAGAAGAUGGGCCCCUUCCAGCCAAUGAGCAUCUUCCUCCGGCAGGAGAUAGACAGAAUGCAGCGGGUCCUCAGCCUCGUCCACAGCACCCUGACGGAGCUAAAACUCGCCAUUGACGGCACGAUUAUCAUGAGUGAAAAUCUGCGCGAUGCACUGGAUUGCAUGUUUGAUGCCAGAAUCCCUGCGCGAUGGAGAAAAGCAUCAUGGGUGUCCAGCACACUGGGUUUCUGGUUUACUGAACUUCUAGAAAGAAAUUGCCAGUUUACUGCCUGGGUUUUCAAUGGCCGACCCCACUGCUUUUGGAUGACAGGCUUUUUUAACCCCCAAGGGUUCUUAACUGCAAUGAGACAGGAAAUAACUCGUGCCAACAAAGGCUGGGCCCUGGACAACAUGGUGUUGUGCAACGAAGUCACCAAGUGGAUGAAGGAGGACAUCUCUGCUCCGCCGGCCGCGGGCGUCUACGUCUAUGGAUUGUAUCUUGAAGGUGCCGGCUGGGACAAGAGGAACAUGAAACUCAUUGAAUCAAAGCCCAAAGUUCUCUUUGAGUUGAUGCCUGUCAUAAGGAUUUAUGCAGAAAACAACACUCCACCGCAAGAUCCUCGGUUUUAUUCCUGCCCCAUCUACAAGAAGCCAGUUCGCACGGAUUUGAACUACAUCGCCGCUGUGGACCUGAGGACAGCUCAGGCCCCAGAACACUGGGUGCUCCGGGGAGUGGCCCUUCUCUGUGAUGUCAAGUAACGUGGGCCUGUGCCCUGAGGUUCUUUGGAAAACACAAGCUCCCUGUCUGCCUGCCUGUGUGUCUCUAGGAGUGCUGGGUAGCAGAGAAACGUGUGU